CACCCCUUUAAACACGUCACUCGCCAGGCUGGCUGGCUGGCUGGCUAGUGUUUGGCGGUGUGGUGUGUGCGGUCGGACUGUGGUUGUGUUUCAGGUCUGGUCGCGUUGAUAACGAAAUACUUUGGACUCAUUUAACCGUGGAGAGAUGGGAAUUUUGAAGAAAUGUCUCUGAAAGAAAUUGCCCUAACACUGCUUGCCCUGUUCGGGUUAGUGGCAGUCGGUAAUGCUCUACGUUGCAACUGCACAAACUGUGAGAAGACUGGCUAUGAGUGUGAAACAGAUGGCGCCUGCAUGGCCUCUACAUACUUUAACCAGGGGAAGGAGCAACAUGUACGCAUCUGCAUCGACCGGGACAACCUGGUCCCCCCUGGACAACCUUUCUACUGUCUGAGCGCUGAAGGCCUGCUCAACACCCAUUGCUGCUAUGUAGAUUACUGUAACAGUAUUGAAGUCCCUGUCCCAACAAAAGAGGACUGGUCAGGCUCAGCGAGCUCCUGGGGGCCGGUGGAGCUGGUGGCGGUCAUCGCAGGGCCAGUGUUCCUUCUCUGUGUGCUGCUUAUGGUCGGCGUUUUCCUGUUCCAGCAUCACCAGAGGGCCUAUAGCCACAGGCAGAGGCUGGAGGUAGAGGACCCAUCAUGUGACCAUCUGUACUUGGCCAAGGACAAGACUCUUCAGGACCUCAUCUAUGACAUGUCCACCUCCGGGUCAGGCUCUGGUUUGCCCCUGUUUGUGCAGCGGACGGUGGCUCGGACCAUCGUGCUGCAGGAGAUAAUAGGAAAGGGUCGUUUCGGUGAGGUGUGGAGAGGGAAGUGGAGGGGAGGAGAUGUGGCGGUGAAGAUCUUCUCAUCCAGAGAGGAGCGCUCCUGGUUCAGAGAGGCUGAGAUCUACCAGACAAUCAUGCUGCGGCACGAAAACAUCCUGGGAUUCAUUGCCGCAGACAAUAAAGACAAUGGUACAUGGACUCAGCUGUGGCUGGUGUCAGACUAUCAUGAGCACGGCUCUCUUUUUGACUACCUGAACCGCUACUCUGUCACCAUCGAGGGCAUGAUCAAACUGGCACUGUCAGCAGCCAGCGGCCUAGCACACCUACACAUGGAGAUCCUCGGCACUCAGGGUAAGCCUGGCAUUGCUCACCGUGACCUCAAGUCUAAAAAUAUCCUGGUUAAGAAGAACGGCAUGUGUGCCAUAGCUGACCUCGGCCUGGCGGUCCGCCAUGAGUCAAUCACGGACACAAUCGAUAUAGCACCGAACCAGCGCGUGGGCACUAAGAGGUACAUGGCUCCAGAAGUCCUGGACGAGACCAUCAACAUGAAACACUUUGAUUCCUUCAAGUGUGCUGACAUUUACGCGCUGGGCCUUGUGUACUGGGAGAUUGCACGUCGCUGCAAUGCAGGAGGUAUCCACGAGGAGUACCAGCUGCCCUACUACGACCUCGUGCCCUCUGACCCCUCCAUAGAAGAGAUGAGGAAGGUGGUGUGUGACCAGAAACUGAGGCCCAAUGUGCCCAACUGGUGGCAAAGCUACGAGUCACUGCGUGUGAUGGGAAAGAUCAUGAGGGAGUGCUGGUAUGCCAAUGGAGCAGCCAGACUGACAGCACUGCGCAUCAAGAAGACCCUGUCUCAGCUCAGUGUGGAAGAGGACGUCAAGAUGUGAGCGGCGAAAAGGCGUGCUGGAGACGCGCAACCCGACCACACUCCCAUAGGAAACGAACACUAAAGACGGACUGCAAAUGAAAACCCUGCCAGUUUUAAAGCCACACUCCAAGUUGUGACGAGGCCUACCUCACCUUUUUAGCCAAAACUACUGAGAAUCACCCUUCCCCUUGUGACUUUUUCUCUCGCCCCGCCUCCCUUUCCUUGUGUCUCCUCCCUGUUCCCUUCAACCUCCCCUUCUUCAUGGGCCGCAACACCACAGCACCACCACUGUUAAUAUCAUCCCACCUAACCUUUUUCUGUUUUCAUUUCCCAUGGCAGGAAUUACUACUAUUGUACAGUGACAGGAUUAUUGUUACCUCUCUGAAAUAUGUCGGACUAACCUUGCCCAGAAGAAUCGCGUGCGUGCGUGCGUGCGUGCGUGUGUCAAAUUUUCUAUCUCCUUAGACACUAAGAUGUCCUUUUGGUGUAGGCUGUAGCUUAUUAGACAAAUCCAGUGAUCAGACGGUUGGUAAUUAAGCAUGAACAGCCAGAUUUUGUCUUUUAAUCCCUCACUUGAUUAUCAUUUAAACAGAAACUAGUUGCACUCAACUGUAGCUUCCUCAUCAUGUGUGACACCUGCAGGUAUCACAUAACGGAUGUGGUCCAGUCCUGGUGUUAGUUUGAAAUUUGGCAGGGAUAUUGUUUGGUUGAUUGAUGGUUUUACUUUUAUUUAUUUGUCAAUAGUUUUUAUUUCAUAUUGAUGCAACACUGUGAGAUGAGAUGUGACAAGCCAGAGUCCACUAUGAUAUGAAUUUAAUGUUGUAGUUCAGUCCAAGUCUUCACGAUCUUUCAGAUGUUUGUUUAAGGGGUUGCAUUCUUUCUAAAAAGAUACCAAGCGCAAAUAUGGAUGUUGCCAUAACCCCCCGUUGGUGAUAGGCGAUGACAUACAUACAUUAGCAAAUAAGAGGCGAAUGAAAAAUGCUGUUUUUUUUUUUUUUAAUAUAUAUAUUUUUGUGUUUUGUGUAAAGACACUCAUGAUGGGUGUUUUCCUUUGACGUUGACCUUAGACACUACUGAUGAUGGGUACAUAUGAUUUGUUUAUAAAACAAGCAUAUAUUUUUGUUUUCCUUUUUUAUGCCACAAGCAGCAGUGGGACAUCUGAACAGUGAUUUUUGCUGGAAUGGUACUUUCAGAAGUCUGCUUUGCUCUGUCUGCAUGGUAUCUAACUGUGCCCGGAAAUAGACUUGUCAUCUGCUGGAAUUUAGUUUUAACAUGCUCCUCUCAUGCCAAUUUGGUUGGUACUACUGAUCCCAAAUAAUUUUGCUGCAACCUUUUUAAUGUAUAUUUGUUGGAACUUGUGAGUUCUUUUCAGAGUUCAGUAAUUCUGUUUUACAUACUGUAUGUCCUCUGGGGUGACAUCUCUUUCUCGUUGACACUGGAAUAUUAAGGAGCAGCGGAGGAGGUUGGCCGCUGACCGUUCACACACAGGGAACACAUGGUUAGAAAAACUGACAUGCUGGGAAGUGAAACUGCAUGUUUUCAUUCUACUUUGUCUGCAGUUUUGAGUCUGUCUGCAGACAAAACUAUGAAAGUAUUACACUGGCAUUUGUCACUGUUGGGCUCUGCACUGUUAUGUCCACACAGACUUAAGUUAAUGUUAGUUUUGUCAUCACUUGAUCCAGAAUCCAUGUGUCAUGUUCGUAUCCAUUUUGCAUGCUGUCUCAAACACUGGGUCCUCUGCACUGAGGUAGAUGAACUUAAGACAUGUCUUUUCCCUCUUCCUACCUGUCUUCUUUCUUUCUUUUUAUUCGGGUCGUCUGCUGUGUAUCCCAGAAAUGUUGCUGCUACUGUUAACAUGGGUGGAAAUUCAGCGACAGAUCGGAGAUGGAGAGCUGGGAGGGAAAAUAGGGAGAUGGCUGUCAGUUGAACCAAAAUUGUCAAAACACUCCUGUCCAUGUUUGGUUUGUUGCCAUGGGUAUAUGAGCAUAAGACAUCCUGUUCAUUAGUAAUACUUUUAAAUUUCAUCGUGCAAAUCUUUUCAUAAUUAGUUGAAAAGUGUAUAUAUAGAUGAUAUACAAUAAAUUCCUCUUUUUCUUAUGUGUCUUCAA